GCUUUAUCAAAGAAACCCUAUUUGUUCUUUUAGGGGGAAAGAAACCCUAAUAUGUUACCGUCGCUUCUACGAACUUCUCUAAUUUUCUCCGUUGCUACCCACCAAGAUGUCUCUUUCUCUACAAAAAAGGGGGGGAGAAGUAACCAACAUCUUGAAGGAAAGAUUGCAAAGAGAAGGAAAGAGUUUACAUGGAGUUUUAUUGAAAAAUAUUGGAAAAUGUUUACCAGAACAUUUGAUAAUGGAGAUAUUGUCUUGGUUACCUGUGAGAAGUCUAUUGCAAUUCAAAGUUGUUAGUCAUUUAUGGUAUGAUAUGAUUAAGAGCCCUCAUUUCAUAUCCAUGCAUUUAAAAAACUACUUAAACAACAAUGAUGAUUGUCGCGAUUGUUUCAUUGCUCGAUGUAUGGUUACUCAAGCAGAAGAACUUUGUCAUAAAAAAAUAUUGAUAGAUGGUGAUGCAUCACAAGGUUUUAGUAUUCUAGGUUUGGAAGAAACAGAAACACCUAUGUAUAAUGCGUACUUGUGUGGUCCUUGUGAUGGAAUCUAUUAUAUGUGUGGGAUGUAUUCGCUUUGCAAUGAACGUGGAUUGUGGAACCCUGCACUCAACGAAUUUAAACUACUGCCUUGUUUGAUUAAGAAGCCUAAUCUUGCACCUCGUUUGGCAUUUAGUUGUUACAGGGAGUAUUACGGAUUUGGAUAUGAUCGUUUUACUAAAGAUUACAAAGUUAUUAUUAUGAAGGGUUAUACAGACACAAGAAGAAAAGUAUCCGAUUAUAAUGAUUAUUAUUAUAAAGUGACCGAUUACCCUUUAUCAGUUUUCAUAUACUCAUUGAGAAAUGAUUCUUGGAGAUAUUGGGGCGAUUUGAGAAAAUCUUAUUUUUUGAACUGUAAUACAUGUUAUGUUUUUGUUAAUGAUAGUUUCUACUGGCUAGGGACACGUGAAGCAUAUGGUGAUCAAAAUUUCGAAGUGAUAAUCUCUUUCAACCUAGCUACCGAUACUUGUCAAGAGUUGAAAUUACCGGAUUAUGAGAAGCCGGCUAAAGACAGUCUUGCAAUACAUGAUGAAGAAAGCUUAGUUUCGGUUAAAGAUUUUGGGAAAACUUUAACAGAACUUGAAUGAAUAAGCUUAAUUAGUUGCAGUACUUAAUCAGAUUAGUUUCGUUUCAAAAUUUCUAUAAUCCGUUUAAUAGCAAAAUAAAUUGGAUUAACAACUUGUUUUUGUUGUUUAUGGCCUUGUUUAUUUUCUGUUUUGACCACCUUUUCGAGUUCCUACUAACUUCUUGAUGGUUUUGU